AUGCAUUCUCCGCACUCUCCAACUAAAGCGGACCAAAGCUACAAAGCAACCGAGAUGAAGCCGAUGGGGGCGGGGGCCUCUUCGUUGUUGACACCACCCGACUCGGCCCAAAACUCAUCUAUUCAGUUUCCAGCAGCCACCACGAUAGAAACAGCAAUAGAGGCAGCAACGACGACCCCAGUUGGAGAUGCCCCCAAACUAGCAGCAUCUCCCAACCAACACGGCUACUACCAGGCCAACUUGAGCAGAGCCCAAUUCAACUCCAUCUUGGUGAACAGCGCCACCAACCUCCUCAAGAUCCUCUACAGCCAAAACCACACCUAUCGCGCCAACGACGGCGAGAUCAAAUCGUUUAUAAUUGAGAUAUUGAAACGGUCAAAGACCUCGAUUCAGACGUUGCAAUUGGCAUGCUUUUACGUCUACAAAUUGAUCCAUUUAAACCACGUGCAAAUCAAACAAAGCGCCAAAAAAGUGUUCUUGGGUUUAAUCAUCAUUGCAUCGAAGUUCAACCAGGAUUAUAAUUAUUCGUUCAAGACAUGGUGCAAGAUCUGCGGGAUUGAUCCCGAUCAGAAACGCCACAUUCGACAAUUGCGCGAGAUUGAGGUUCAGUUGUUGCUACUCUUGAAUCACGAGUUGAUGCUCCACAGCGACGACUACGUCAAUUGGUGCAACACCUUGCUCAUCUUUGGCUUUGACUUCAUCAAAACUCAAGUCGUCAAAAAAACCGCAAAUAGUAAUAGUGAGCUGGUUAGUGAGAUUGUGUGGGACUUGGAAAUCGCUAGCAAUGUGAGCAAGAUCUCCAAAUGGCACCACUUUUUCCGCGACUUGAACAUUGCAAAGUUGAACUUGAUCAAGAUCGGCUUUGAUAGCUACUACCGGAGCCAAAUGGGGCACAAGGUGUUUGUUGGUGCUGCUGCUGCUGCUGAUUCAGCUCCCGAUGUGUGCGUCAAUAGAAAGAGAUGUUUCGCUGACGCGCAAGUUUACACCCAUCUGCAAGCGAAGAAGUUGAAAGUUUAG